AUGGCCCCCCGCACGGCUGCCGUCCGCCAGACCUGCUGCUGCUUCAAUGUCCGCAUCGCCACCACCGCCCUGGCCAUCUACCAUGUGGACGUGGUGAAGCGACAUCAGUGCCUGCCCGCAGAGCUGGAGAAAGUGUGGGCCAGUGACCAGGGAAGCCUCCUUGGAGGCGGCACCCCUCAACCGGAACAAGGGCGUGAGCAGCAGUGGCCGGUUGCUACCUUCUGGGCUGAGCUGGGGCUCCCCGGGGAGUGCCCAGCAUCUGUCCCAGGCGUGCUGGGUCAGCGAGACGAAGGGCCGGCAAAGCGUAGCCUGACCCGGGCCUUUUUCCAGGUCUACAUGUUCAAGUGCGUGUGGAGAUGCUACAAGUUCAUGAAGUACAUGAACUCAGCCGAGGAGAGGAGCGGCUCCAAGAUGCUCCAGAAGGCGGUCCUGCCGUCCUAUGAGGAAGCCGUGUCUCUGCCAUACAAGACCCCGGACGGGGACCCCGCACCACCCCCCUACUCGGAGGUGUGACGCCCGCCAGGCCCAGCCCUGGUGCUGGGAGGGGCGGAGCUGUCUCGCAAGCCGCUUCUUCGCUUUGGUGGCCCCUGCGGCCCCGGGGUGAGCCGCCCGGCUGACUUCAGGACAAACCGGCUUGUGUCCCCCUCGCUGGCCUGCUUGUCCCGUGGGGCCUGGGAGAUGCUCACGACUGGGUCAACGCUGUCGGCGGAGUGGCUCCCGGAGUCCCUCAGAAGUUCAGUCCAACGAACCUCGGCUCGUUUCCAGCUUCAGCACUUGUCUCACCUGUUCGUCAUUCUAAGUUCGGGGGGUUUGGUUAAACAACUUGCAACUUGACCGCUUCACCACGUGGCUGCCAAAUCAAACUACGCCUCCCCGUGCAGGGAGGUGGUUUGUCCAGACGGCAACAGCCAUCGCGUUGGCUUUCAGGCCGUUGUCCGUUCACACAACAAACGAUGCCGCCCAGUCAUCGCCUCUUGGUCCGCCCCCCCCCCCGCCCCCCGCCCCCUCCACCAAGCACAGCCGUCCGAUUUCUUCAGACGGCUUGUUUCAACAAUUACGGUCCGCCGCCCAUCAGUCAGUUUUAAACUAGGGACAGCAUUCAACAAUAACAAUGACAAAAAUCAAAUUAGCCCCCAAACUAUGCCAUGCAAUCGCCCCCGGCAACUGGUCGCCCACGCUGGUCCCUUGGGCGCCUCUGGGCGGCUGAGCGAUUGUUAGCGCAAAUGAACAUUCAGGCACUUGCCAGACGUCACCCAGCAGCUACUUCCAGGAAAUAACGGUUGUCUCGUCACGGAACCGCCCCGACGCACGGUGGUUUUGCCGGAGAGUUGUCGUCACCAGCAGCUGGCCGCACGUGGUCACUAUAGUCACGCAGCGACUGCCAGUCCAUUCUGCAGGCUGGCCCGUCCGUCACCAGUCCCGGCCCAGUGCUUGUGCUUAAGCAGAAAUUUAGCCCCGACGCCAGGCGGGUCCGUUGGCUGGACUGAAUCCGCAGGUUAGGCAGGCAGACUCUUUGUGGGCCCAGACCCUGCCACGGGCGCUCGUGUUGGUGAUGGCAGAAGGGAAGGUUUUGGUCCCAACACCCCCUCUUUUUCCUGUUUCCGGGGUUCCUGAGGACGCUGACCCCAAGGCGGAGACAGGGCCAUGGAGGCACGUUCUCUGGGGUCUGAGAGGGGGAUACAGAGGCAGAGGGCUGUGCAAGAGGUUCCCUGCCAGCAGCCCCUUGGAUAAUUGCUUUGUGUGUGACGGGGAAGAAAUUUCAAUAAAGCAGCAUCACGCUUCUCUUUGGCUGA